GUGGCAGCAAAGUAAAGUCUGAAGCCAUGGAAGAGGUUGACCCACCACCAGUCCUCGAAGUUCCUGCUAUCUACAUCAAGGAGGAACCUGAGAAUGAAACUGAAGAAGUAUACAUCAAAGAGGAACCAUUCUUAGAUGGAAAUAAAGCCUCUUCAAAUCAACAUCUUCCUGGUGUACCAUGCAAGACUGAAGCAAAAGUUGAGACUCACGACGCCCAUCCAAACUCCUCACAAAACACUUCUGCUUUGUUGUUGAAUCAGUUUGGCGAAGGUGGGUCAGCAUUUAACCCAUCAGGAGACGCUGCUGGCGACACUGGCAUCUCUGGGGCGUCCAACUCCAAGCAAAACAUAGAAAAAUCGUUCAAACAUUCAGCAGAAAAAUCUUUGCAGUGCUCCAAGUGUGAUUAUGCUUGCACCACAAAAAGGAACUUGAAAAUUCAUUUGCUCUCAAAGCAUUCAGAAGUAAAACCUUAUCAGUGCUCUGAGUGUGAUUAUGCUUGUAUGAAGAAUUACCUCAUGAAAAGACAUUUUCUUUGGAAGCAUUCUACUGAAAAACCUUUUCA